GCUGACAAAAAACUACCACCUAGCAUGUCUUCGGGUAAGCAAGUACCAAAACUAAAAGAACGUACUUGUUGCCCUGUAGAGUGAAAUGGUGAUAUCUUAGUCUACGUUUACUACUCAAUCCAAGAUGACGUUUAUUUUGUCGCACGAUUUAUACGUUUACAACCUCCACUUAAUCCGGUGGUUCGCUUCGUUUGUCGGGCUUGAUAUAAUGGCUCCGAACUAUAAACCGAACAUUCUUACCUUUCUGGCAUUUUUUGGACUAUCAAUCUCGCUAAUCGGUGAGGUAUAUACCGUUUGGUACUACUGGCCUAACUUAGUUACGUUGAUGGAAUCUGCAGCCGUCUAUGGUGUCUUCAUACAGGGUCUUGCAAAGUUCUAUACAGCUCUUCGUUAUCGCAAGUUCUUCGAAGCCAUGUACAACCGUUUGGAUCUAUUCCAUUACGAAUAUCGGAACCAUGAAAAAAAUAAUGCAACUCUUCUCUUGCUGAUGAAUCGUAUCUGCUUGCUGAGGAAACUUAUCACAUUACAAAUUAUAGGUUGCAUCCUAGUCCUGUCUCUUAAUCCACUCAUUCAGUAUAUCCUCAAGCGCGAACGUGUUCUAGUUUACGCUAUUCUUCUGCCCUUCUCUGAUCCGGAGAUAACAUCACACUACCUACUGAAUCUGGUUGUUCAGUACUAUCUUAUGAUUGCUGGAAUUGGAGGAUUUGCAGCUGCUGAGAGUGUGUUGAUACUUUUUGUGACCAGCGUUGCUGGAUAUGCCGAUGUGCUCAAAAAUAAGAUUGAUGAAAUGAACACUAUAUUGCUGGAUGCACAGAAUUCCCGUGAUCGUACGCCAGUCAAGUUAAAGCUACGUGAGAUUGUUUUGCUUCAUCAGCGUGUUUUGGAGUACGAAGAUGAUCUUGAAAAGCGUUACUAUCUUAACAACUGGGUCCAGGUGGCCUCAAGUAUUUUCAAUCUCACUGGCGCAUUGUUCGGUUGCUACGUCAGCAAUAGCUUUACCAUGUACGCACUGGCGAUUGCUGUUGUAGUUCAACUGUUUGAGCUAUGUCUGCUAGGAACUAUCCUCAGCAUUAAGAAUGAAGAGAUCGAGCAUGCAUUCUAUGAUUCUUUGUGGUAUCUGAUGGAUCAUUCUGAGAAAAAGGACUUUUUAAUCAUGUUUCACAAAAGCCAACAUGCCAUGGAAAUGACCGUUGCCAGCAUGGCGCCGCUAAAUAUCGUUCUUUUUAUUGCUAUAAUGCAAAAGAUCUAUGCUUAUGCCAUGAUGUUGAUGAACUUCUUCGAGUGAUGUUUUGAAUGAUCAGAAAAAGAAUCACGUUUUACAGUUUUCUUAUCACACCAACUCAAAACAACUUAUAAAGAAAG